UAACGAACCGAUACCAGUUAAUAAUGUGAAGACUAUAUUUUCUUGUUGAAUGCAUUAGUUUUAAUUUUCAGACAAAAUUACUAGGAUCUUCCAGACACCUUCCAACUAUGGCUUCGAGGGGUCAGAGUGAGACGACCAAACUCAAACAGAACAUGGAGGAACAGCUGGAUAGACUCGUUCAGCAGCUUGCCGAUCUAGAAGAAUGCAGAGAGGACUUGGAUGCUGACGAAUAUGAAGAAACGAAGAACGAGACGCUGGAGCAGCUGAAGGAGUUCAAGGAAUCGUUGGACAGGAUGGUGGGGGGUGACCUCAGUCUGGUGGAUGAGCUCAACGGGAUGCAGCUGGCCAUACAGGCAGCUAUCAGCAAGGCGUUUCAGACGCCGGAAGUCAUACGACUGUUUGCCAAGAAACAGCCCGGCCAGCUUAGACAGAGACUGUCGGAGAUUAAACGAGAUGCUAAGAUCGGCAAAAUGCCCCAGAACGUGGCGACCGACCAGUCGGUGGAAAUCCUGACGGCAUUGAAGAAACUCGGCGAAACGCUCAGUGCCGAGGAAGAAGACUUUUUACAAAGCAAUUCCAGCACCAGUUUAAAAGAGUUCACCAAGGUUUCCAGUACUUUAGGUCUCAGUGACAAGGUGUUAGCUGUGGCAGGCUCCCAGGUUCAACAAGCCAGCAAGUAACCAAUCACAAGUGAGGAUCCAGACAAGUAACCAAUCAAAUUGAGAGACUACAUAGAAGUCGGACCUUAAUUCUCAUUGGAUAAAAAAAAAAAAACCCAGACACUUGGAUUAGUGAACUUUGACCAACAUUGGAUCUUGAUCCACUUAAAUUAGGGCAGUUCCUGGAGCUAUUCCAAAUAAUAUACUAGGAAGUGGACACUAAUGUAUGUUCCAUUAACUUCAUACUCAGUUUAUUAGGCCCCUAGGAACAAUAUCUUAAUAUUAUCUUUAUUUAUAGAUAUAGAAUCUGAAACCCCCCCCCCCCCCCCCCCCCAACAAUUAAUUGUCCUCGAGUGGUGUACAACAGGACCCCCCCACCAAUCCGGUUCCUAGGGACCUAAUAUUUAUGGAUAAACAUUAGCAGCCCGUAUCAAUUCCAUAUAAAGAAAGAUUUUGGACAAAAUGAAAUCAUUCUUACGAUAUUUGCCUAUUUUUAAAGAGAACUACGUUUUUUUAAUGUUUUGUUUUCAACUGUACAGUAUGUUUAAGUGUAGAUGUUAUUUAUAUAUUUCUGAUGAUGGGUUGUGUGUGGUUAAAUCUUCAAGCAUACGGCUCUGGUUGUUGUAUCACAAACAAGUUGUUCAAAGUCCCCACCUUUUAGUUGUGACGGUUAAAGUGUGGUUUGUUUAAUGACACCACUAGAGCACAUUGAUUUAUUAAUCAUCUGUAACAGGAUGUCAAACAUUUGGUCAUUGUGACACGGAGGAAACCCGCUACAUUUUAUAUUUACCUUCCAUCAGACAGCACAGCACAUCGUUAAUGUAGGCUUCGAGAAAUAAACACUUGUCCAUAGAACCUUUUUCGUAUAUGUGAUUUCGCAUGGUGACGUCAUAAUGUGAAGCAUUAUUUUCAGCUUAAAGUACACUCUAACAACGUAAAACGCUGUAUAGUAAUCUACUCACAGAUAUGGAAAAGCACUUAUUACCCUCCUGGUGAAGAUAUAGCGGUGUCGUACAAAUUUCGUACACACCACUAGGUGCGUAUUACAAACUGUAUUUUGAUUUGUCAACAGGGAACAAAGUUAAUUUCGAUUGGUUGGACAGCGACC